AUGGCAAUAAUUUAUGCAACGCGUAGGUUUUCGACUACUAGCAUUUCUGAAGAAACUAAACUCUCCCUUUUUACAAGGCUAAAAAGUGAAAUUAAAGAUGGAAUGAAAAGAAAAGAUCAAUUGAAAUUAAAUGUUGUUAGAGGAAUACUUAGUGAUAUUACAUAUGCAAGUAAAUCAACAUCGCAAACGACGACGGAUGGAGUUCCAACCGAUCAAGAAAUAUAUGCAACGAUAAAUCGAGCGAUAAAACGUCGACAAGAAUCAAUUUCACGAUUUUCUCAAGCUGGAAGGAACGAUUUAGUUGAAAAUGAACAAAGCGAAUUAAAUAUAUUAGUUUCUUAUCUACCAGAACAAAUGUCAGAAAAUGAAAUUGAAAUUGAAGUCAAGAAAUUCAUAAAAAAAUUUGAUAUUAGUGGUUUGAAAGGUUCAAAAGAUUUUAGUAGAAUAAUGAAAGAAAUUAAAAUUGAUAGUAGUAAAGCUCCGAGGAAACUUGUGGCUGACGCUGUAAAGAAAGUUUUAUCUGAUAUGAACAAAUAA